AUGAAUGUUCUUCGAGAGCGUCUGAUGUUCUUGUGCUCUCGGCAGAAACGCAUGAUAGCCGUAAUUUUUCUGAUAGCAAUAUCAGUUGUUGCAUCUCUGAUCAUUUAUAUUCCAAAAUACCUCAAAUAUUUGGAUUCUCAAUGUUAUAUUCCAAUUUUUAACACUACAAUCAAAAUAAGCAGGCAUUUACCUUCAAGUUAUUUGAUAAAAUCACAAAAAAUCCUCGAAUAUUAUCAUAUUGACCCAAAUAAUCUUAUUAUUGAUGAAUUAUCAAGAAAAUCUUACGAUGAUUCCGGUGUAGUUUCAUAUAACACCCAUGAUAAAGUCAUUAAUUACGCUCAAAAACUAUCUACCACAUAUGCAGUUCUUCAAAAUAAGUAUGUAAAUUCUUGGUCUUUGAUAUGUGAUGGAAAAUACAUAUACAUUAUGGAAGAUUACUGGGCAUACAGAUAUGACUUAAAACAAUAUCAGCAUACUCUCGUAGGAACUUAUGAAAAUGUGAUUGCAAUUGGAGAUAGACAUGCAGAUGAAUACGGGCAUUUCUUUAUAGAUGUUCUAGCACCACUUAUGUGUAUACCUCGCGACAUUUGGAAAUAUUCAAAAAUCGUUGUAAAAGGAAAUAAUCCAUAUUGUACGGAAUUAUUACUCAGUUUAAACUUUACAGUAUCACAAAUACUUUACCUCAAAGAAGGAGAAUGGAUUUUAGCAAAGAAUCUUCAUACAACGCUUUAUCCUCCUUCUUAUUUCAGACAUCCAGGAACUGCAUACAGAAACCUUUCAAUUUACUUGAAACAAGCAUUUGGAGUGUAUGAUAUAAAGCCAACGCGCUAUGUUUUAAUGAAUCGUGAUAAAAAUCAAAAAAGAAGAAUUUCAAAUCUUGAUGGAAUUAAAACUAUGCUUUCAGUGCUAUACCCUGAUAUUCUAUGGGGUGAUUUACGUGAUUUGUACCCAGAUAUUCGUUCUUCUGCAGUUUCUUACGCAUCAAUUAAAUUCUUAUUUGGAAUUACGGGUUCAAACCUCAUUAGAACAUUUUUCAUGCAUCCAAAGACUGUUGUUGUUUCUUGUCAGCUCGAUUUCAACGAUUUUAACAUGCAAUCAAUAGCUUUGGUAAAUGAAGUCAUGUAUUUUACAUUUUCAACAAGAGGAUAUAACCAUUAUACAUAUCUUCCUAUUUAUUUGCAUGUUGAAGAUGCUUUACGCGCAAUUAAGAUUGGAAUGUAUGCUGCAGAGCAUGGAAAGUUCCCAACUAACAGUACAGAGUACCCAUACUUAAGAUAA